AUGUUAACUCCUGAUACUAGUUGUACAGUAUCAUAUUAUUUUGGUGUUCAAUAUAGUAUGAAUGAUGAUUAUAAAAUUGAUUAUGAAAUUUAUGGUCCCGAUGAUCCAUACAGACCAUUCAUUUCUAGAAAUCAAGAACAACAAGGUGAAUGGGAAUUUUUAGCAGAACAUAAAGGUGAAUAUGCAUUUUGUUUCUAUGGUGGUAGACAACAUGAUAAAAUUGUAGAGAUAGAUAUCCAAUAUACUUGUGAAGUUGAUCAAGAUGCUAGAAGACAAAGACGUGAUCAAAGAAAACAACAAAGAAAUUUAGAUGAUGAUGAAACAGAAGAAUUGCAAAGAUCAUUAGAAGAUAAAGUUGAUUCAAUAGAGAGACAAUUGUAUAUUCUGGAGAAAAACUUAUCAUAUUAUAAAAGUAGAAAUAGCAGAAACAACAGUACUGUUGAAUCAACGGUGAGCAGAAUCCAAUGGUUUUCAUUUUACGGGAUUUUAUUAAUUUGUGGUAUGAGUUUUGCUCAAAUCACUUUAUUACAAUUUUUAUUCAAACAAUCUAGAAGCAAUGCUGUUUAA